AUGUUCCCGAGACCAGCAGAGAUCUACUAUCCCAACAAGAAGGCUAUAAGCGAGAGACGCGAGCAAAACGUUCAGGAGUGUAUUCGACGCUACACCCCUCCAUCCUGGGAGAAGCUCCCUGAGUUGACUAAACCUAUGUCCUUUGCCACAUAUAUGCAGAGAAUAGGGACAACACAACCACCAAACCAGAGUGCAGUGCGUAGUAAUGUUGGUCAAUACAAGGAUUUACAGAAGAUGAGCAGUACGACCCCUAUAGCACGACACAGCUCUGAACUUAUCGGCGCUGUUUCGCUCUCCAAGUACCAGCAAGCCUAUAGGCACGCACUCGAGAGCAAUCCUAGUAUUUUUCAUAGAACCAUAGGGCUUGCCAGUAGCGAGGUAGACCGCUUACUCAACGCUGGAUAUAACAAAAUUUACUAA